UCGCUUUUCACGACAGCGGGCUUCCUUUACGGCAGACGCAGUCUAACGCGCACGAUCAAAACAUGAGAGGUCACUUGUGACUUUCACGACCAGCGCGAAGCGAUGGAGAGUUGCGGUUUCGCUCUGUAAGAUAAACGGACCGUAACGCAGAAACAUGGCCAGUUCCAUGGUGGCUGUUGGAUUGGCUCUUGCAGCAGCAGGAUUUGCAGGCCGCUAUGCCAUGAGGGCUGUGAAACACAUGGAGCCUCAGAUGAAACAAGCUCUGGAGAGCUUCCCUAAGACAGCUUUUGGAGGAGGAUACUAUAGAGGUGGAUUUGAACCAAAGAUGAACAAGCGAGAAGCUGCGUUGGUUUUAGGUGUCAGCCCCACAGCCAACAAGAAUAAGAUUAGAGAAGCCCAUAGAAAACUGAUGAUCCUAAACCACCCGGACAGAGGUGGAUCUCCCUACUUGGCGGCGAAGAUAAACGAAGCAAAGGACCUGAUGGACGGCCAGAUUAAGAAGUAGAAGUUUAGAUUAUGUUGAAAUAAAUAUGGUUUCAA